UUGGCCUGAAAUGAGUCAACUAUAGCAUGGACUUGAGUUGUUGAAACCUUCUUAUACGUUAGAUUAGAUUAUUAUAUCAUGUCUUACAUUUCAUAGGUUCUUGUGGUGUGGGUUAAUUAGUGCAUGAUGAGGACACCUUGUAUCUGUAGCUUUUUGUUUGGCUUCUUUCUCAUCUUCUCAUCCAUCGCUGCUCAAUUAGACUACGUUUCUAAUGCAAAUCUUUCAAGCACAUGGACCAACAAUGAAUCUUCUAUCCCUUCCUCCAAUUCCCCAGAUGGCUCAAGGAUCAGAAUCAUUCUCAGUGUAAAAUACAGAUUCGCUUGUGGCUUCUUCUGUAAUGGAACCUGCACAUCUUUCCUCUUUGCCAUUCUUUUCAAUACAAAUGAUCAUGUGAUCCUUUGGUCAGCCAACCGAGACAAUCCAGUCAGGGAAAGCGCAAUCCUGAAUUUCACUGCAGCAGGAGAAUUGGUGUUACAGGAUGUCGAUGGAAGCACAGUUUGGACUACAAACACAACCGAGAAAUCUGUUGCUUUCAUGAACCUAACUGAUAAAGGAAAUCUGAUGUUGUUUGAUAAUACUAAAUCGAUGGUGUGGCAAUCUUUUGAUCACCCAACAGACUGUUUGUUACCAGGGCAAAAAUUAUUUCAAGGGCAGAAGCUCAUACCUAGUGUUUCGUCAACCAACUGGACAGCUCAAAAAGAUUCUUACUCUCUUCAACUUACCCAUGAAGGUCUGUUUGCUUAUGUUGGAUCAAACCCACCUCAGGUCUAUUUCCCUUCCUUUGGCAUAGAUAUAGAUAUGAUAAAUAGUUAUUUUAAGUUCUUUAAUGGGAGUUUGUCUUUCGUUGAUAGUAUGCAAUACUCACUUCAGUAUGUGAAACUAAUGCCAGAUGGGCAUUUGAAAGGAUUUACAGUGCCAGAUUCUGUGUGGGCCGAUUUUCUAACUGGUGAUCUUGGAGAGUGUUCUUAUCCUUUAACUUGUGGGAGAAAUUCCAUUUGUUCAGCUGAACGACAAUGUACUUGUCCAGGGAUAGACUCUUUUAGAGCAGUCAAUGAUCGCAAACCCAACAUGGGUUGCUUUCCGGUUACUCCUCUCACAUGUAAUGCUACCCACGAUCAACAUUUCAUUGAACUCACCAACAUCGCCUACAUCAACAACAUUGCCGACAUGGAGGAUGUGGAUAUAGAGAUUUGCAAACAAGCAUGUCUGAAAAAGUGCUCAUGCAAAGCAGCUGUAUUCGAGUAUGGUUCCAAUACUACAAGUGGACGUUGCUAUUUGCUUUCCGAGCUUUUUACAAUGCCGAGUGUUGAAGCAGGUGUACUCCCAUACAAUAUUUUAACCCACAUAAAAGUCCAGAAUGUAACAUCAUCAAGUAUGAAUGUAACGUCAUCAAGUUCUUCAAGAAAUCUAGUUGCAACGGUUCUAGGUUACACAAUUGGAAGUUUUGUGCUUCUUAUUGUGGUCGUAGGUUUUAUAAUGUUUGCUGUCCGAAAGGAAAAAACGAAUAGUGAAAUGGAGGAAGAGCAUUUAGAUCAAGUGCCAGGAAUGCCCAUUCGGUUUUCCUAUGAACAACUCAAAACAGCCACACAGAAUUUCAGUAAAAAGCUUGGCGAAGGAGGAUUCGCAUCGGUGUUCAAAGGGACUCUUGAAGAUGGCUUGCAGAUUGCAGUAAAACAUCUUCAGGGUGAUGUGUACGUGCAUGUUAAAAAAUCAUUCAUGGCUGAGGUUGAGUCCAUCGGCAGCAUUCACCAUGUGAAUCUAGUUCAACUUAAAGGAUUUUCUGCUUGGAAAUCAGAGCGACUUCUCGUCUAUGAAUUCAUGAGUAAUGGAUCAUUAGACCAGUGGAUCUACUACUCUGGUGGAGACCACCAAAAGCACCUACUUGGAUGGGAAUGCAGAAAAAAAAUUAUUCUUGAUAUAGCUAAGGGUUUAGCAUAUCUCCAUGAAGAACGUAGCCAAAAAAUCAUCCACCUCGACAUUAAACCUCAAAACAUACUCCUAGACAGCAAUUUCAAUGCCAAAGUAUCCGAUUUUGGGUUGUCUAAGCUCAUUGAUAGAAAUCAAAGCCGCCAAGUGAUGACUACAAUGAGAGGAACCUUUGGCUAUAUGGCUCCAGAAUGGUUGAGCUCGGUUAUCACUGAAAAGGUGGAUGUGUAUAGCUUUGGGAUCGUUCUUUUGGAGAUCUUAUGUGGAAGGAAAAAUCUCGACAGGUCUCAGCCAGAGGAAAGUUGGCACUUACUGGGUGUCUUUCAGAGAUGUUGGGAACAAGGGACAUUGUUAGAUAUAGUUGACAGGUACAGUGAAGAUAUGCAGCUACAUGCUACAGAAGUCACAGAGAUGAUGAAAGUGGUUUCAUGGUGUUUGCAAACUGAUUUCACUAGAAGGCCUUCGAUGUCAACUGUGAUUAAGGUGUUAGAGGGAGUAAUAAGUGUUGAAUCCAACUUGGAUUACAACUUCUCAUGUCCAAGACUGCAGGAAACAACCUUUGAGCAUGACAAAAGCUCCAAACCCGCGUGUGAUUCUAUUCUAUCAGGGCCAAGGUAAGUUAGAAUAAGAUUCUUGUGGAUCAUUUAUAUGGAUCUUUUUAAUGCUUCUGUAUUUUCUUUCAUCAAGAACAAUUAAACUGCUCGUUAUGAACAUACGUAGUUUCAUCCCACCGAAUAAAAUGGAUUCCACUUCUCUAUGUCCAAACGACACUUGCUUUAAGAGUUUAAGAGCUAGAACUGAAACUUGUGGAACUCAUUGUUACGACUUAUAAAAAAACAUGGAAAUAUUGGUGAUUUA